AUGCCAGGACUUCGCAAACAGCGCGAUCCAUUCGGAUUCAACGCCGGAUUUCCGGACCCGCCACCGGGAACGGAAAACUGGGAGCCUGACCCAGACAGUGUUCCCAAGGCCGGCGGCAUCAAGGACUUCCGGUUUAACCAGGACCCGGAGAUCAAGACAAAAAAAGCUCGCCGCCAGAACUACCAAAACUACACUCGCAGCGUCAGUAGCGGUGUCAGCCCUGCUCGCAAUGGCAUUUUCAGUUCCCCCCUCCAGUCUACGAACCCGCAGCCCGUGAAGGCGCAGGUUACGACCGCGGAGCUUCUAGCGGAGGGCUGGCCCCAGCCUGAAAUACGGUCCUCCGGCCCGCCUCGAGAUGGCUUCAAGACUCCAGUCUCUUCGCCGCCAGCCCCACAGAAGCAAGCGAUAUCCCCUGCUACACCCGCUGCUCCAGCCACUCCCCCGAGUGCUUACGUCCCUCCGCAUCUAAGGGCUCGAGCAUCUGCGGUCAAUACUCGCGAGUCUGGCGGACUGUCUGCCAGCCUGAACGCUCCUGCUUCCUCAGCGCAGAAUUCUCGGCCGGCUCCCGCUGCCGCACCCACCAAACUGAUAUGGGCUGUUCCCGAGGCCACCACCGCUUGGCGGGCCCCGUCCAGACGGGAUUCCGCCUUCACGGCUACGGACACUCUGGUCGAUGACCCUGACUCAAUGGCAUCGCGGGACGAGGACGUGGCGAGGCGGCUGCAAAUGGAGGAAUACGGCGUGGACAAUGAAGAAGAGGUACGUAUUGACCGCGAUCGCAUGCCAAGCCAUGCCAGCACUCAUUGUUCGAAGGGGCUUGAAAUGGAGAAGCAGCUUCUCCAACAAUGCCAGGCACGGGUGGUCGAGGAGCCGGAUACAGUGCCCCAGGAAGCCUACGAACGUCACGUCAAGAUCCAACAGAUCGUGUGGAUGGAGGAGGAGCUUCUUGUGGAACCCUAUCAGCGCGCCAACGAGGAGUUCUUGAACUCUCUGGACUCACGUAGCUUCGACCAAACCUACAAGCGCACCCAGGCAGAUCACCAGAAGUGGUGGGAAGGCCGGUACCGCAAAGCACUCGACAUUCAGAAAAUGGAGGAGGAAAUCAACAUCAAGGAGAGACGCGCCAAAGUUGAAGAGAUGAUGGCAAUGGAUGCUGCCGAGCUAGACCGCUUCUAUGCUAAGGUUGAAUCCGCCUGGCAGCUCGCGGCAUUCACGGCACAUGAGCGCGAGAUGUAUGGCGUCGAUGGUCUUCAGUCAAAGGCCCCGAAAAUGAACGUCUCCCCGGAGGACUUUCUCGAGUCCGAUGCUGGCGACAGUUCCUUCGGUUCCGACCGGGCAGUCUUUAGUGACGAUAGCAAUGACGAGGACGAGGACGAUGACGAUGACGAUGACGACGCCGGUAUCAUUGUCUAUAAGGGGGUGGGACGCAACAUCCAUCUUGGCUUCCUCCUCCUCUCUGCAAUAUCGCCAAAGUUCCUCCGCGGUUACUCACAUCUAAUGGCUGAAACCAAGGAGACUUCGGAUUUUCCGAUGCUCUGCCUCUUGCCCGCUCGGAGCUCGCGCGACCACACUUCUGGAAAGAGCGCCCUUGCAGUCAACGCCGCCGGCAAGGACCGCCAGCCGCAUACCUGGCGUUCUCUCACCGUGGCCAUGCGUAGACAACAGCGCCAUUCUCUUGCUCUGCCCAGCACCAUUGUCUCGCUCCGCCGUCGCUAUAUCCAAUACCCCGUUAUCCUUCCCAACUUCAUUUAUACGACUCCGGCAUUCGCUAAUACGCCGGCACGUCAUCGCAUUGGCUAUGCUCCAAUCACUCGACGGUCGUUGGAGAGCAACCAACUCGUCAGAAUGGUUCUUUGCUCCGCCCAGGUCCCCAUCUCCAGCGAGGAUCUCUACUCUGUUGACAUUCAAAUCCCCGAGGGCUACGACGCAGAAGCCGAGCACCGGGAACGAGAAGAGCGUACGAAAGAUGUUGAGAGCCUCUUCCACGAGGCUCAAAACGAACGCCUGCAACGCGAGCGACUCGAAAAUCUAGAGCGGAGCAGAAACUCGCUUUCACCGCUGCCUACUGGAGAGGUGCUCGGUCCAGAUGGCGAGUAUGGCUGGGUCCGGUUUGGCACAGGCCAACUCGUUCGAUACUCGAAUGGCCACUUAGUCACCUAUUCGCCUCUCACAGACCCUUUCAAAACGGAAGCGGCUUGGCUUCGGGAGAAAGCCCUACGGAAGAAGCUUCUCGAGAAGAAGAGCGAGGGAUUGCACCCCAGCAUCAAAAUGGAGCUCGACAAGCUACGUCGCAUUCAAAUUUGGGACUCAGAAGUCAAGGCUAGACUGAAGGAACUGUAUGAUCCAAGCAGUUCAUGGAAGGCGUGGGAGAACGACGGGAAGAUGUUGGAAUAUCAGCACGAGCAGCAGGUUCAGUACCAAGAGGCUGCGAAACGGAGGAUGAUUGAGGAGUGCAGCCAGAAGAUGCGAGAGACGUCCCUGGGCCCGAGGCCUCCUCUUCCCGAGCGAGCGCAGCGGGGCAGAACGAACGGUCGUACAGACUCCUCCUCCUUUAACCACGACAGAAGUCUAGCCCUACGGCGAGUGCCUCGCACUAUCCAAGAUCUCAAGCCUCUCGAAGAUGUCGAAGAUUCUGGCAGCGAUGUUGCGGUGCCCCCGAAUUCUCCGCGCCCAAACCUGAAGAAAGAGCAAGAGCAGGUUUUCGAUGGCUUUUCCGAUAUCGGCGCAUUGGAGAAUGAUCCAGAGUUCCUCCGACAGCAGAUAGAGGAAUAUGAGCUCUACAACAAGCACCAGAAGUUGAACGAGGAAAAGGAGAGUCUAGAGCUGCUGAAGCAGCAAGAAGCACUUGAGUUCUACGCUAAAGAGAAAGAGAAGAAGGACAAGGAGGAGAAGGAGAGGAAGGACGAGGAGAAGGCGGAACCCUUGAAGCCAGCGAAGGUGAGGUUUGCACUUGACGAGUAG